AUGGAGUCGGAAACAACAAGAGUAAAAAACCUAACUAACAACGAAAAUAGUGAUGAGGACUUUGAUGAUAAGUCUUCCCAGUCCAGCUCAGAUGAAGUAUACAUAUCCAAGAGUGUAAAAAAACUUAAAACAUCGCCUCAUAGCGAUCUUGAAUCGAUCGACUGGGAUCACUUUGCCAAUUCCGGUAAAGAGUACCCAGUAUCUGGAAAACAAGUCAAAGAUUUUCUCACUCACACAUAUCGGGUUAAGGAUAUAUCGAAAACAGAAGACAUUAGUGCCUUAAAUGAAAUGAUUUCUGACUUAAUACUGAUCAAUGAUCAGUACUAA